UUGAACUUUGGUACAUAUAUUUUCCUUCUUAAAAGGAGAUUUCUCUCUCUUGUCUCUGUUUGAGCUUACUGUACUGUUUUUCGUGUUCACCUGGUUUUGCUCUGCUUUUUUCCAUUUUUUUUAAUAAAAAAUACAAAAUAUUUCAUCGAAAAGAUUAUACAAGAAAAAUUUGUAGCAUUACUUUUUAUUUAUAUUUCUGAUCUCAUAUAACUGUUUAAAGCUGCAAAAAAAAAGAAAUAAAAUAGCCCCCUCUCUACACUGUACAGAAAGUGUGGCGCAGGAUAAGAGUAUUUCUCUCCAGUUUCAAAGCAAACCAAGUCAGAGAAAGAGAAAGUUUUUCCUUGAAGAUAGAGCGAGAGAGGAGAUGACUGAUGAGUAGUAGAGUAGAGGGUAUUCUUCAGUGUUGUUGAUUGAGAGAGAGAAAGAGAAAGAGAGAGAGAGAGAGAGAGAGAGAGAGAGAGAGAGAGAGAAAGCACCCAAGGAAUCGGUAUGAUGAGUUGGUUCAUCGAAAGGUCGGUUUCUUUUGGAGGAUAAAAACAAGUACUCGAUUGUGCAUGAGAGGAGAGAGAGAGGGGGGGCUACUUAUGCUUUGGUUCGCGUGCUUUGAUACAAAGUGAUGGGGUUUGGUUUUUAGUUGAUGAGCAUGAACCAAAGCCCCACCCUUAGAGAAAAAAAGAUCUUUACAGACCCUUUUUGCAGGUUUUGUUCCUUCAGUCUGGUUGGAUUUUGGCCCUGAGAGGAGAGAAAGUGGGGCUCGCUUUUCUCUUAUGCUUUAGUGUCUCUCUCUGAUUAGAUUCUCUGUUUUAGUUUUCUCGGAGAAUAUGGAAUUUGGAGACAUGGGUCAGUCGUAAUUUCACAUUCCUCUCAACAAAUAUUGGUCACCCGAGUUCUUUGAUUUGGAUUCUUUUAAACCAAAUACGAGGGCUAUUUUUUUUGGCGGGGGAUGUCGUUUUGGAGCUAAGUUUCUGGGUUUUCUCUCUUGUAUGGAAUGAAGAAGUUUAGUCACCACAUUUUUCGUUUAAUAAUACAGAGGAACAAAUAAUCAAGAUGAGUUCUGUGGAGGAAAAAAUCAAAAACGGAGUUUUGGUAGCUGGAACAUCCACAAAUCUACUCGAGGAGAUGAAGUUGUUGAAGGAAAUGCAGGAUCAAAAUGGGUCUCGGAAGUCCAUAAGCUCAGAGUUAUGGCACGCCUGCGCUGGCCCGCUUGUUUCUUUGCCCCAAGUAGGAAGCCUUGUCUAUUACUUCCCUCAAGGACAUAGCGAGCAGGUAGCAGUUUCGACUAAAAGAUUGGCAACAUCACAAAUUCCAAACUACCCAAAUCUCCCUUCUCAGUUGCUAUGCCAAGUCCAGAAUGUCACUCUACAUGCUGACAGAGAAACAGAUGAGAUCUAUGCUCAAAUGAGUCUUCAACCAGUGAACUCUGAAAAGGAUGUGUUCCCUGUACCAGAUUUUGGACUGAAGCCCAGUAAACAUCCAAGUGAGUUUUUCUGCAAAACUUUGACCGCAAGUGAUACAAGUACCCAUGGUGGAUUCUCAGUUCCGCGAAGGGCAGCUGAGAAACUCUUCCCUCCAUUGGAUUACACAAUGCAACCACCAAAUCAAGAACUUGUAGUGCGAGACUUGCAUGAGAAUACCUGGACAUUUCGCCAUAUAUACAGAGGCCAGCCAAAGCGACACCUUCUCACAACAGGAUGGAGUUUAUUCGUUGGUGCAAAGAGGCUUAGAGCAGGGGACUCUGUUUUGUUUAUCAGGGAUGAAAAAUCACAAUUAAUGGUCGGGGUUAGGAGAGCAAAUCGUCAGCAGUCGACGCUGCCAUCUUCUGUUUUAUCUGCUGAUAGCAUGCACAUUGGUGUCCUUGCCGCUGCUGCUCAUGCUGCCUCUAACCGCAGCCCUUUUACCAUAUUUUACAACCCCAGGGCUUGUCCUGCCGAGUUUGUGAUUCCCUUGUCAAGAUUCAGGAAAGCUGUUUAUGCUACACAGCUUUCAGUUGGCAUGAGGUUUGGUAUGAUGUUUGAAACAGAGGAGUCAGGGAAGCGCAGAUACAUGGGAACUAUAGUUGGAAUUAGUGAGCUGGAUCCACUGAGGUGGCCUGGCUCUAAAUGGAGAAAUCUUCAGGUAGAGUGGGAUGAGCCAGGGUGCUGUGAUAAACAGAACAGGGUUAGCGCUUGGGAUAUUGAGACUCCAGAGAGUCUCUUUAUUUUUCCUUCUCUGACUUCUGGCCUUAAGCGACCAUUUCAUUCUGGAUUUUUGGCAGAAACUGACUGGGGAAAUAUGAUAAAAAGACCUUAUAUUCGGGGUCCUGAAAAUGGAAAUGGUGAUCAUAUUCCGUAUGGGAUUUCGAAUCUAUAUUCGGAACAACUGAUCAAGAUGCUACUUAAACCGCAACUAGUUAACUACCCAGGAACUUUGUCUUCUUUACAACAAGAAUCAGCAAUGGCCAUGGCAGAUCCUAUUCGAGAUGUGAAGCUCAUGCAGACAACUCUCAAUCAAAAAGAUCAGGUUAUUUGUUCAGAAAGUUCAUCUCUUCAACAAAAUGAAAUGAACCCUCCUCAAUCAACCCUGGACCAAUCUGGUGUUUCAAAUAUGAAUUCAUCAUCAAAUGGAAAUCUUCAGAAAAACUUCAAUACUGCAGUCAAACAUGAUAACCAGAAAGUUGGGGGAGUUAUGGACACUGAAAAGACAAAGUUAGAAACUGAGCUAUCUACUGAUCAGUUAAGCCAGUUGACUUCAUCAUCCACUGUUCAUAGCAGCGACGAGAAAUUGGCUAAUGGGCCGGUUAGUUCACAGAGCAUGGUUAACCAGCUGACUCAGUUCAACCAGAACCAGAGCCCAGUCCAACUGCAGGCUAAUCAGUGGGGCAUGCAGCCACAGCUGGAUUCAUUGAUCUAUCUCUCCCAACAAAAUGACCUAAACCCAUCUGACAUGAAUAACACGAAUGUCUCACUUCCAUCCCUAGACCCUGAUGAAUGUAUGUAUUACUCUUCCUGUCACCCUUACUCUUCUGGGAUUCUUAGGUCACCUGGGUCAUUACCUGUUUUUGGUUUUCAAGACUCUUCAGCUUUUCCUGAAACACAUAAUCUUCCUCUACCUUCAAUGGGGCAAGAUAUGUGGGAUAAUAAUAACCUGAAAGUACAAGCAGAGCAUCUCACUUCAUUUCCUCAUCAAGAACCAUGCAAUUUUAAUUCUCUAACUCACUCAAGCAAUUUGAAAGACUUGUCAGAUGAGAGCAAUAACCAAAGUGGUAUCUACGGUUGUCCAAAUAUUGAUGGUAGUAAUGGUGGAAGUUUAGCGGUUGACCCUUCUGCUUCAAGUGCAAUUCUUGAUGAGUUUUCUACAUUUAAGAAUGUUGACUUUCAUAACCCCUCAGAUUGUUUAGUAGGCAACUUCAGCACAAGCCAAGAUGUUCAGUCUCAGAUAACCACGGCAAGCCUAGGUGACUCUCAGGCAUUCUCCCGUCAAGACAACUCUGGUGGUACAUCAUCAAGCAAUGUUGAUCUUGAUGAGUGCAGUCUUUUGCAGAAUAACAAUUCUUGGCAACAAGUAGUUCCACCAGUGCGAACAUAUACCAAGGUCCAGAAAACGGGAUCUGUUGGGAGGUCUAUUGAUGUCUCGAGUUUUAAGAACUAUGACGAGCUUUGCUCUGCAAUUGAAUGCAUGUUUGGACUUGAAGGGCUACUUAAUGAUCCAAGAGGUUCAAGAUGGAAACUAGUUUAUGUGGAUUAUGAAAACGACGUUCUGCUUGUUGGCGAUGACCCUUGGGAGGAAUUUGUUGGCUGUGUCCGCUGCAUUAGGAUUCUUUCUCCAUCUGAAGUUCAGCAGAUGAGUGAAGAGGGAAUGAAGCUUCUCAACAGUGCUGCAAUGCAAGGAAUGAACGGCGCUGUUGCAGAAGUUGGACGUCCUUGAGAAACUUGUUACGCGAGAGUACUAGUGUGUUGUUGCAGGUGCUGCACUGCAAGGGAGGGAUUGAUGGUGUGCCCCCCACGAAGACUUCUGAUGGUGUAGCUUUUAUAUCUAAGGUGGAUUUGAUUAAUGUAUGUAGUGUAUGGCCAACUCAUGACAUUGUUAACCAGCAGACCGCACUAGUGAUAUGAGGUAUAAUCUGUGUUUAGUAUAGUGUUCUGAGUUUGUUGUUGUUGAUAAAAACCAAGAAGAAAAACUGUUACGUAUGCAUUAAACCGAGUCACACUUUACUACGGCAACUUACACUAUAGUAGGCUGGUCUGAGAAAGAUUUCAAAGGCAUUUCAGUUUAGGUUAUGUUACAAAUUUCUUUUACUCUUGAAUCUACAAGACUUUUCAAGAAAAUAUGUAGCAAAACCCACUGCUCAACUCAAUCACUCAACCAAAGACAAUAUAUCAUUUUACCAAUGCUCAUAAUGUUCGUUCUGUUACACUAUUCUAAUCCACCUCUACUUGUAGUCAGAAUUGUAGCGUGUGGGGCUGGUCCGACAAUCAAAUCUUACGACUUUUUAAAAUGU